AUGACAUGUCAAAGAACAACAUUUUUAUCUGUGUCAUUUGAAAAGAUCAACAAUGCCAGAACAUUACUUUGCGGUCUUAUUAGUAAAAAUUGCUAUAUCUUAUUUAAUAAAAUUUUACCAAAAUCAUUUACAAAUACGGAGUUAUUUGAAUUCUUCUCUAUUACGCGUAUAUUUCGUUUAUUCAAAUUAACUAGACACUAUGGUGGGCUGAAAAUUCUAAUCCACACGUUUACUGCGUCGAUGCGUGAACUAAUCUUACUUAUAUUUUUUCUUGUUCUAUUUAUUGUCAUAUUUGCUUCAUUAAUUUAUUAUGCCGAACGUCUACAAAACAAUCCGGAAAAUGACUUUACAUCCAUACCCAUCGGCCUUUGGUGGUCCAUUGUCACAAUGACAACUGUCGGCUAUGGUGAUAUGGUGCCAAAAACUUACAUUGGGAUGAUGGUUGGUGGUCUAUGCGCAUUGACGGGUGUAUUAACAAUUGCUCUGCCCGUACCUGUUAUCGUGGCUAACUUUGCCAUGUACUAUUCUCAUACACAAGCACGUUCGAAAUUACCGAAGAAACGACGACGAGUUAUGGCGGUUGAACCAGUGCGACCGGCGCGAGGAGCUGGUGGCGCAGGACCAGGCGGUGGUACCGGUGGUGGAGCAAUGAAUAAAUUUGGUAUGGAUACUGGAAGACCAGGUGGAUCGAUAAGCAUGCAAGGAGCACCACCUGGUGGAGGACCUCGAAAGAACCUUAUAAAACAGGGUGGCGGUGGUAUGGCUGCCAAACUUGGUAUGACUGACAGCAAUGCUGUUCAUAAUCGAAUUGAGGACCAUCCAUUAUGA